CUAGUGUUUAAAAAUCAAAGCUCCGGUCCAUGUGCUUUCACAUGUGAUUGUUUUGCUUUUGGUUUUUGUUUCAUCAAUCAAUAAUGAUUCUAAUAACAAGAUAUUCGACUAAGAAAUCUCGAUUUUUAAUUGAUUCAUUUGUAAAUCAUAUAUCUAUCGUACCAAAUCGUUAUCGUACAAUUCGUAACCGGUUAAAAUCACAGAAUAACAAAACCGAACGAUGGAAUGGGGUGCAAAUCAAAUCACCAAUUGAUGAUGAAAAAUAUUAUGACCAUGAUUUUGAUUUCGAUCAUGAUCUUACAAAUCAACGACAGUCGCAAAAAUCAUUGAAACAAUUAUUUAAAGAAGAUUUUGAUAAUCGAUUAAAUGGUGGUUUUAAUAAACGAAAAAUUGUCAGAUCAUCACCAUUUGUAAAUGCUUUAUAUGAAAAUGACCGAAAUGAUAAUAAGCAUCGAAUCAAGAAUAAAAAUCAUCGGAAAGAAGAAAGUUUUUUGCAGAAGCUUCACGAAAAAUAUGAAAAUCAACGACAACAACAACAAGAAGAAACGGGCGAAAAGAAAAAAGUACCACUUCCAUAUGCGAUUACCGAAGAGAAUCGAUUCGAAAUUUUGAAUGAAAUAAUGAUGCCAUUACAUAAGUUGCCAUAUAAUGAACAAUUGAAACGAAAAUUGUACAUGAAUAAAGAUGUAUUACUAUCAUUUGGUUCCAAAUUGCGUCAUGUUAAUAGAAUGAUUCUUAUGCGUCAAAAUGGCAAUAUGCCAUGCCAUUUAGAAUCGGUAAGGCCAUCACCAUUAACGGAACGUUAUCGAAAUAAAGAUGAAUUUAGUAUUUGGCCAGGUAUCGAUGAUAAUGCCAAAACGGUUGGAUUUUUCGUUGGUCAACCAUCCAAACAUGAUCGUGUCGUAUGCGUGGAACCUGAUCAGUUGAUAAUAACGAAACAAAGUCAUAUUGAUUUGGCCAAAAAAUUUCAACAAUAUCUCCGCGAUGUUUCACCAUUAGAUGUUUGUCAAAAUUACGGCGUUGGUGGACAUUGGCGACGAUUACAUAUUCGUUCAAAUCGUCAAAAUGAUCAACAUAUGUUGACAGCUAUAUUGCAUCCACAAAAUCUCGAUGAUAAUGAAUUGCGAGAAGAAAUGACAAGGAUACAGGAUUAUUUUGCUGAUGAUCCACGUGUGUCGUCACUGUAUUUUCAUGCCACACGUCAUACACGAUCAACACACACUAAGAAUGAACCCUAUUAUCAUCUAGCUGGUGAUCAAACAAUAACUGAACAAUUAUUCGACAAAACAUUUGUCAUUUCUCCAGAUUCAUUUUUCCAAGUCAAUACAUUAGCGGCUGAAAUGUUAUAUCGUCAAAUCAUGACCGAAAUGAAUCUAACGAAAAAGACAACAGUAUUGGAUCUUUGCUGUGGAACCGGCACAUUAGCCAUUUUGUUGAGUGAUCAAGUACGAAAAGUUAUCGCUAUCGAUUCAUCGGAAUCGGCAAUUGCUGAUGCCAAGAAAAAUGCUGAAAUGAAUGGUGUGAGAAAUGUAGAAUUCAUUACUGGCACUGUAGAACAAGAACUAUCACGUUUGCAAUCGGAAUCAUAUUUGAAAACACCUGUCGUGGCUGUGGCUAAUCCAUCACGUCGUGCAUUACAUCCACAUGUUAUACGAACCAUGAGACAAAUGUCGUUUAUCAAUCGUUUAGUUUAUGUUUCCUGUAAACCACAAGGUGAUGCAUUAAGGAAUUUUGUUCAACUUUGUUCAUCAGUGACAAAUGAUCGUUACAAUGAUGAGUCGCCAUUCAUACCGAUAAAUGCUAUACCUGUUGAUCUAUUUCCACACACUGAACAUUGUGAAUUGAUCGUUACAUUUGAACGUUUUUGACUUGAAAUGAAAUAAAAAAUAAAAAAUUUUCAUUAAAUUUCA